UCUUUAGAUAGCAGGAACUAAUUCCCCUUCAGGUCAAUGGGGUCCCCAGGGUGUACGUUUCAGGGAUGUGGUUUGGACCAGGCCCCUUGGAGAAUAAGGGGAUGCCCAGAGCACGUAAAAUUGGAAGCCCUCUAGCCCUUAAGCUGGAGUCCGAUUUACCAGGACUUUGGCCCCAUGACCCCAACCCAAGUCCCGCCCCUUCCUGGUUGCCGAGGCGACGGCGGUGGCGUCCCAAGAUGGCGUCGCUGCUGCCAGAGACUCUGUUCGAAGCCGGCGGACAAGGCCCGGCGCCGAGUAAAGACUACUACCAGCUACAGAUCACCCGGUCCCAGGUCAGCCUUAGAUGGUGGAGGAUCUCUCUGAGGAAUGAUUAUCGUUUGAACAAACCCGGAGUAACUAAAGAGGGCUACGAAGAUUUCUUGGAUGACGUGAAUCUUCAUGUUCAAAUUGCCUUAGUAUUUGGUUCCAAAGUCCUGCAAUAUGUCAUCAAUCUGUGCAAAGGCAAAUAUGAUUUUCUGGAGCGGCUCUCGGACCCUCUGCUUCUGCGUAUCAUUUCUUACCUGGACCUUGAAGACAUUGCCAGGCUCUCCCAAACAUCCCACAGGUUUCAAAAGCUCUGCACCUCUGACAAGCUGUGGGAGCAGAUUGUGGCCUUGACAUGCGACACGGUCACCCAGGACAUGAAGGCCCUGGCCAAAGACAUCGGCUGGAGACAGCUGUACUUUACCAACAAGCUCCAGCUUCAGCGGCAGAUCCGAAAGAGGCGGCAAAAACAUGACGGCGAUGACAAACAGGAAAUGCCACUAGAGAUCUAGGCAUUCCUGGGGCCCGGCCCCUCCACUUCUCCCCCCAUCUCCCCACUGACAGAAGUCUCAGUUUGACUGGGGGUUUCAUCAUCGUUUCAUUCUUUGGGACAUUCUUGAUUUGAGAACACCGUGCUAGAAUUUCUUACUCCUUUACUGAUCAGAGAAAUUAUUAAGAAGAUAUUGAGUUUACAAACAGAAACCAAAUCAAAAUCCAUUAGGUGCUACCCAGAAAUAUCAGGAGUCAGUCAGACUGUGGAAUCAUGACCCUAAUUACACAGUAAACCAUCAGCCAUCCCCAUUCCUUUUUCAGCUCAUGGCAUAAAGUCCCUGAGAUGAAUCUUUCCCUUAACAAAAAGUGGUUCUAGUAAGCAUGAGUGGGUAAUUCCUAGGAUGAGCCUUUUAAAAAUGAUUCAUAAAAUGACUUUUGGUAUCAUGGGGAGGGACAUUGGCCAUUUUGAAUAUUUUUUUCUUCCUCUAAUGUUGUCAAACAGCAUACUGAAAAUGGAAGCUAAAAUAAACAUUGUGGGGCCUCUGCUUUCCUCUUCCCCUCCCCCACCCCAUUCCCAACCCCAGUGCUGCUUCUGUACAUCUCUAUUCAGCAUGCUGAUAGCUCCACACGUGGGACUCUGAGCUGUUAUGUCCAUGCACGAGAAGUACGAGUUACAUUCUUGUGCCAUUUUGGAUGGUGUAAAGUCACCCUGAUGGUCACCUUGAGUAAAAAUGAGUAUGUAAGGGAAGGAAAGAGGAAUAAUUUUUCAAAAUAACUAUACACCAGUUUUGAGCAGGAGACAGGACAAAGGGUGACCUGCCUUUGGACCAAAAAAUAACAUAAAUGUACUGUGUAAUCAUUCAAACGAUUCAAACUAUCACCAUGGAAUUGUAGAUACAGACUAAAUCAACUGUCCAUCUGAAAUGUUAACAGCAGAAGGUUUCAUUUGUAACAUUUCCUCUUUAAAACAUCAAUGUGAGGUAUUCUCAUGCUUAAUAAUGAUGCACUAAAAUCACUCUGAAAACACAAAAUCAAGAAAUCUGGUUUUUAAAUACAUUUCAGUUUUCUUCCUUA